AUGGCCUCAAUGCAGCCCGCCAGUCCUUUUGCGAUUUUCGCCAUCUUCACUGGCCUGGCUUUCAUGGUUAUCUGUAUUGCUCUGGACCGCUCCAUCGUCGCGACCGCCAUCCCGAAAAUCACGUCCGAAUUCCACUCCCUCCCCGACGUCGGCUGGUACGGCUCGGCGUACCUCAUGACCACCUGCUGCCUGCAGCUCUUCUUCGGCAAGCUCUACGCCGAGUUCCAGGUCAAAUGGGUCUUCCUGUCGGCGCUCGUCAUCUUCGAGGUCGGCUCCGUGAUUUGCGCGGCGGCGCCCAGCUCGGUCGUGCUGAUUGUCGGCCGCGCCAUUGCCGGCGCUGGGUGCGCGGGCCUCAUGUCCGGCGCGUUCAUUUUGUUUCGUUUCUUCAUCCCCGUGAAUGAUCUUCCCAAGUACACCGGUGCGUUGGGUGGCAUGUCGGGCAUUGCGCAGGUCAUCGCCCCAACUCUAGGAGGCGUCUUUACAGACAAGUUAUCUUGGAGAUGGUGCUUCUGGAUCAACCUCCCCAUCGGCGGCAUCACCUUCCUCGUCAUCCUCCUCCUCGUCCACGUCCCGCCCGAGACCAAGGUCAUCGCCGGCAGCCACAGCCUCCGCGACUUCAUCUCCCGCUUCGACCUCGUUGGCACGCUCCUCUUCAUCCCCACCAUCGUCUGCCUGCUGCUGGCACUACAAUGGGGGGGCGUCCGGUACGACUGGGGCGAGUGGCGCAUCGUGCUGCUGCUUGCCCUCUUCGAGGUGCUGCUCUUCGCCUGGGCGGUGUCGCAGUACCUGCAGGGCGACCGCGCGACGGUGCCACUGUCGAUGAUCAAGCAGCGCUCGCUGGCGGGCGGCGCGUUCUUCGUGUUUUGCUUCUUCGCGGCCUUCUUCGUCAUCACGUACUACGUGCCGAUCUGGUUCCAGGCAGUGCGCGGCGCGUCGGCGUACGCGUCGGGGAUCAACAUGCUGGCGGCGAGUGCUGCCAUGUCGGUGGCGGUGAUUGGCUCCGGGUUUAUCGUUACCAGAGUCGGAUAUUAUGUGCCAAACAUGAUUGUUUCCGUGAUUGUGACGUCCAUUGGCUGCGGUUUGGUGUACACGUUUGAUCGCCAUACAAGCACCACUACAUGGGCGGCAGCAUUGGUUGUCACCGGUCUGGGAAUCGGCCUCGGCAUCCAACAGCCCCUCAUCGCGGUGCAGACCAUCUUCCAGGACGCCGAGCUCGCCGUCGCCACGAGUAUCGUCAUCUUCCUGCAGAGCCUGGCCGGCACCGUUUUCAUAUCGGUGGCCCAAAAUGUCUUUCAGGGCAAGGUGCAGGACGUCAUCCGGCAAAGCCUCCCCGACGUCGACCCGGCCGACGUCCUUGGUGUCGGUGCGUCCGAUCUUGGAGUGGCCAUGGGCAGAAAGUAUCCCGAUAAGCUGGGCGCCAUCCUGGACUCGUACAAUGAUGGCCUUCGCUCCGUGUUUCUCAUCAGCGUCGUGUUGGCGUGCGUGAGCAUCGUGUCUCUUCCGUUGAUGGAAUGGCGGAGCGUCAAGAGCACUGAGAAGCCGGCGCAGGAUGGCGAGAUCCUGGUCGGCAUUCUAUCUCAUCUGCCUGUCAAGGAGUUACUCAAAACGAGCUUACUCUGCCGCCAACUAUACUCCCUGGCAGUACACACCUUGCAGCAGCGCCUACUCGCCGUCUCCUCCAUCCCGGGACACGAGCUCAUCCUCGAGAGCUUCCACCCGAGCCGCAAGCUCACCACGCCGUACCUCACCUGCCGUCCUCUAGGCACACGUCAUCCCACCGACUGCGACCCCUCCUCCUCCGCCUCCGCCGGCACCGGCCCCGCUAGCCUCGGCCGCGUCUGCCAGCUGUACGCGUCGUUCCGGCCUGUCGUGACGGAAGAGAACCGCCGGCGGCGGUUCCGCAUGGUCUGGCCAGUGUCCAUCGGCAGCAGCAGCAAGGACACGGACCUUGACGAGGACGUGCCGCUCGACGACGAGGUGCAGCUCGACGACGGCGUGCGCUUCUCGCAGCUCUGCGUCGUGCUCAACCUCGUCACGCGCGGGCGCUUCGUCACCCACCACACCGUGAGCGAGCACGUCGUGCGCGUGUUUCGCGGGUGGCUGGACGACAUGGCCGGCAGCAGCGGUCGCGCCGGCGACGACGAGGGCAAAAUCCCGCUCUCGUCGGAGCGCCUGCUCUGGGUCGAUCCGGGCAAGACGAUGGCGCUGCGGUUCCGCGUCGCGCCGGGACCGGCCGAGAGGAUGCCCCUGCUUUCUGUGCCAGGGGAAGAGGAGCUGGCCAGAUCCUACACGCUGACGUAUCAAGAACUUUUGAUACGCUCAACAAGUCUGCUCAUGGCCGUCGAGGCAUCUGCGAGCAAGGAGAUGGAGCCGUCGCGAAACUCCAUCAUCCUCGCAUCCACUGGAUCAUAA